CCAAAGAUGAACUGGGCUUCCUUCUACACUGUGAUUAGCGGGGUGAACAGACACUCCACUGGCAUCGGGCGAAUCUGGCUCUCUGUCCUGUUUAUAUUUCGUAUUUUGGUGCUUGUGGUUGCCGCGGAGACAGUGUGGGGUGAUGAGAAGUCUGGGUUUACCUGUAACACUCAACAGCCCGGGUGUGAUAGCGUCUGCUAUGACCACUUUUUCCCCAUCUCUCAUAUCCGCUUGUGGGCACUUCAGCUCAUCCUUGUCUCCACCCCUGCCCUGCUGGUUGCAAUGCACGUAGCUCACCGUCGCCAUAUUGACAAAAGGAUCUGCAAACUGUCAGGAAAGGCCAGUCCCAAAGACCUGGAACAGAUAAAAACACAAAAGAUGAAGAUCACUGGAGCACUAUGGUGGACCUACGUCAUCAGCCUGUUGUUUAGGAUCAUAUUUGAAAUAACUUUUAUGUAUUUGUUUUACAUGAUUUACCCAGGAUAUAAGAUGAUACGGCUGGUGAAGUGUGACUCGUACCCCUGUCCCAACACGGUGGACUGCUUCGUGUCCCGUCCCACGGAGAAAACUGUCUUCACUGUCUUUAUGUUAGCUGUAUCAGGGCUGUGUAUCCUGCUCAACAUCGCAGAGGUAGUUUUCCUGAUGGCAAAAGCCUACAGUAAGCAUUUAGGUAACAAUGGAGAAACAAGCAUAGGAGAUUGGUUACGCCACAAAAUCUGAACAAAAUCUGUGAAAAGUUGAAAAUGUACUUAAAGGUGCACUGUGUAACUUUCCUGGGAGAUUUCUGUGGUCAUGUGGAUAAUUGCUUUGUCCGUAAUGUUCCACAGUACAGCAUUCAACUUGAAUAAAUGCAAGAGUUUUUUAUCACUACAAAAAUGUAAGAAAAGCAUGCAUUUGUACACUGAGUGGGGUCAACUCUCAGCAGAUAUGACCUGUAAACUUGCCUGGGGAUGCCACUUGUUGGUCUCUGUGGAGAUGGUCAUGUUUAAUACCAUACUAGACCAUCAAGACAAAAUAUUAGCAUAACCAUGACAAGAAGAUGGCGGGCCCAGAAAAAUUACAUAGUGCAUCUUUAAUACAAAUAGAGGGUUGUUUGAAUAUACUGUAGCUUCAUUGUGCCUUAACCCUGGUCAUGCAUCAAUAAAUAACAAAACUAUUCAGUGAAGCCUUUUUAUAAUGUGGCUUUUAGAACAAAGAUUUUAUACUUAUUCCAUCACAUAACAAUCCUAAAAGUCACAAAAUGCUUCAGGUAAAAAGGUAUUUUUAUUUUAUUUUUUUAGGAAUAAAUGCUGUAACUUUGUGUGGCAAUAUCUGCAUGUACAGAUCUUAAGGAAUAUGCAAUGUGUCUGGAUUUUUUUAAU